AUGCUUGUGUCUGCCCUUCUUAUGUCUGUUGGGAUAAACUCUUGCCUCUGUGUAUUGUUCUUCAUACUUUACUCUGUACUGAGGAAGCAGCCACACAACUAUGAGGUGUUUUUACCUCGUCGACUUGCAGCAGGGACGUCUAAAAGAAGACGUAACAAAGUGGCGAGGUAUAUCCCGUCUGUUCGUUGGAUUUGGAAAUCAUGGAGGCCAUCAGAAAAGGAACUGAUGGAAUCCUCUGGCCUUGACGGGGUUGUAUUUAUGAGAAUGAUAACUUUCAGUUUGAAAGUGUUCUUGUUUGCUGGGAUCAUUGGGAUUUUUGUUAUCUUGCCUGUGAACUGCUUUGGAGAUCAAAUUAUACAGAUCGACUAUGCUGACUGGUCAGCGAAUUCCUUGGAUAUAUUUUCUGUUGCAAACCUCAAAAUCAACUCGCCAUGGCUGUGGGUUCACUUUGGAGCUAUAUAUCUUGUGACUGCAUAUAUCUGUUGUCUUCUUUACUUUGAAUUCAGAUAUAUUGGCUUGAAAAGGAUUGAGCAUUUCCAUUCAUCCAAACCUCAGCCACAUCAGUUCACCAUAUUGGUUCGUAAUAUCCCCUCUUCAGAUGGAAGCAGUGUGAGUGACAGUGUUGACAGGUUCUUCACAGAAAAUCAUUUCUCUACCUACCUGUCUCAUGUGGUUAUCCAUCGAACAAGUAAAGUUCGAAGCAUCGUUGAUCGUGCCAAAAAGUUGUAUAAACAAGCGAAACGUAAGAAGCCAGAUCCUCAUCAAGUUAAACGGACGCCAAUGAGAUUCUUUAGUCGCAAGGAUACUCCUGAGGGUCACUAUGAGAAAGUGUUACAGGAAUUGGAGCAUAACAUACGAUUGGGGCAAGCUGAAGUUUCAUCACCUGGAAAAGAAGUUAGAGCUGCUUUUGUAUCAUUCAAGUCUCGAUAUGGUGGUGCAAUGGCACUACACAUGCCACAAUCAAUCAACCCCACUUACUGGCUCACUGAACCAGCACCAGAACCUCAUGACGUCCACUGGCCUUUCUUCUCUGCAUCAUUUAUGCAGAAAUGGCUUGCUAAGAUUGUGAUUGUGUUCGCUUGUCUCCUCCUUACUAUCUUGUUUCUUAUUCCAGUCGUACUUGUCCAAGGUCUCACCAACCUGCCUGCGCUAGAAUUCGUGUUCCCGUUCUUGACAUUGAUUCUAUCAAUGAAGAUUGUAAGUCAAAUAAUAACUGGAUACCUUCCAAGUCUUAUACUUCAGACGUCUCUGAAAAUUGUACCUCCCAUCAUGGAGUUUCUCUCUUCUAUCCAAGGGCACAUUUGCCACAGCGAAAUACAAAAGAGUGCUUGCAACAAGGUGAUCUGGUUCACAAUAUGGAAUGUGUUCUUCGCAACUGUUUUCUCUGGGUCAGCCUUCUCCAAGCUUUCUGUAAUUCUUGAUCCAAAGGAAAUUCCGGUCAAGUUGGCUGUGGCUGUUCCGGCUCAGGCAUCAUUUUUCAUUGCCUAUGUCGUCACAACAGGAUGGACGGAUACUCUCACUGAACUCUUCCGAGUUGUUCCCUUCAUGGUCAGCUACGUAAAAAGAUCACUCGAACCAUCAGAUGACAAUGAACUUGAUAUCCCGGCAAUGCGGUAUCACAGAGACACCCCAAGAGUUCUCUUCUUUGGGCUUCUUGGUAUUACAUACUUCUUCUUAGCUCCAUUGAUCCUUCCUUUCAUCCUUCUCUACUUUUGCCUUGCAUACAUCAUCUACCGAAACCAGUUCAUAAACGUGUACGAACCAAAGUAUGAAACAGGAGGGAUGUUUUGGCCAAUGAUACACUAUACGAUGAUAUUCUCUCUUGUACUCAUGCAAGCAAUCGCAAUCGGUCUGUUUGCUCUCAAGAAGAUGGAACUAGCCACAUACUUGCUUGUCCCUCUUCCCGUUUUCACUCUUCUCUUCAACGAGUUCUGUCGUAAACGCUUCAUGCCUAUAUUCACCGCUUAUCCUGCCGAGGUGUUGACAAAGAGAGACAGAGAAGAUAGACACGAUCCAAGAAUGGCUGAGUUUUACGAUAAAUUGGUCACCGCGUAUCAAGAUCCUGCUCUGCUCCCACUUCGAUUCUCAGGAAGCAGAAAUGAUAGCCUCACUAGUCCUCUUCUAUCUUCUAAUGAGGUUUGA